AUGGCCUGGCAAUCACAACGAAGCUCUCUUGGAGUGCCUCGUUCACCGUCAGUCACUCUCGAGGUAGCUUACUCGGGGAGUGACGCAGAGCUCGAUUCCGAUGUUCGCUUCUGGCUCAGACCGGGGGACGGCGAAACAAACGUAUGCUUGACGCCGCAAAUAAAUCGCUCUCAGCCGGAAAUCCGAAUCGCCUGGAAAGGAGAGAAACUAAAUGGACGCCGUUAUCGCACUCGGCACAUCUUGAUUACCAAGCGUCGAAAUCAUAUCGAGGUUAAUUCCGAUGCCUUGAUCAUCCCGUUUGAGGGUUUGUUCCGCCGCCCACCGUCUUGCCCACGGGAGCAGUCACAAGAAGAGCUGAAGGCGGCUGCAAAGAGGAUCUCGCAUGCACAAAUUAGGUGA